GUGUGAGCAGCAAAUUAAAGAGUGAAUUCAUCGCUCUUAUCAGCAAGCACCGGGAAAAAAAAAUGGGUGGCUGCACCUGCUUUACCUUUACAUCUUCCCCACCAAUUUUCUCCUUUUAUGAUCAUAAAAAUAUUCGCUUCUCCUCCUCCUCUUCUUCUUCUCUAUCAUGGUCAUUCUCAUCAGCUUCCCACAAUUUCUCUCUGAAACUAUCCAAUAUCGUCAAUGCCAAAACCACUCGUUUCAGAACAAAUUGCAAACCCAAAGAUCCCGAUGUAAUGGAGUGCGUAGGAACGGGCCUGGACGUCGAGUGCCUCGUUACUCAAAACGAAACCCAAGAACCUGAACCAGAAGAUGUCGAAAAGGCGGAAGGCAACGUUUUCUUGGAGUGGGCGGUGCUGGUUUCCCCGUUCUUCUUCUGGGGCACGGCUAUGGUGGCGAUGAAGGAGGUGUUACCCAAGGCAGGCCCUUUCUUUGUGGCUUCCUUUCGUUUGAUUCCUGCGGGGUUGUUAUUGGUGGCGUUUGCCAAGUCCAAGGGCAAACCUUUACCCUCUGGACUCAAUGCGUGGCUUUCCAUUGCGCUCUUCGCUCUCGUGGACGCCACUUUUUUCCAGGGGUUUCUUGCUCAAGGAUUGCAAAGGACAUCUGCAGGUCUGGGCAGUGUGAUAAUUGACUCUCAGCCAUUGACAGUGGCUGUUCUUGCCGCCCUUUUAUUCAAUGAAUCCAUUGGCUUAGUAGGAGCUGCUGGACUAGUCCUUGGGGUUGUUGGGCUUCUUCUUUUGGAGGUACCAGCACUUGAUUUAGAUGAAAGUAAUUUUUCACUAUGGGGAAGUGGAGAGUGGUGGAUGCUCCUUGCUGCUCAGAGCAUGGCAGUCGGAACAGUAAUGGUCCGCUGGGUUUCCAAAUACUCUGAUCCUAUCAUGGCAACUGGAUGGCAUAUGGUAAUCGGUGGUCUUCCACUUCUUGGAAUUUCUAUUCUCAGUUGUGAUCCUAUUUUUAGUGGGAGUUUUCAGGAGCUUUCUGUCAAUGAUUUGUUGGCACUCUUUUAUACAUCAAUCUUUGGAAGUGCCGUAAGCUAUGGUGUAUUCUUCUACAGUGCAACAAAAGGUAGUCUGACGAAGCUCAGCUCCCUCACCUUCUUGACACCUAUGUUCGCUUCAAUUUUUGGGUUUUUAUACCUCGGCGAGACCUUCUCACCCCUGCAACUAGUCGGUGCCGUUGUCACCGUAGUUGCCAUAUACAUGGUUAACUUUCGAGACAGAAGUUUGCAGUGAAGAACAUGCUCGGUGAAAAUACGUAUACAAGACAUGUCGAAAAA